UGCCUGUGAUGAGCGCGGGACGACGGUGGUACGCGCCAGUGCUUGGCUGGGCCACGUAGUGGGGCUGAGGACGCCGGUGCGCAGGCUAUCUCCGCAACUCGUAGCGCACGUUAACAAAUAAGAUCUCGCAUUUUGCAGACAAAGAGAUGUGGCAUUGCUUUAUCUAAAUACACAUCCACAUAUGUAAAGGGAGGGCGAGCGAGAGAAGUGCGCGUGCAGCCCAGAAUCUGUGCAACUCUGAUUGCACGAACGCAAGAAGGAGGUCGCUCUGUCGACGAAGCUGCUGCUGGAAGAAGCACACAAGAAUCGCCGGUAACCGGUGACCGAAGCUAAGGCAUCACAUAGUAAAUGGCUGUUCGAGCAAGACCCAGAAGUACUUCCAGGAGCGUUCUGCUUGAUGCUGAGCUCAUCUUUAGUUGCUGUGCUGUUUGAAGACCCCUUUGCAACCUGCAGGGCAGCAGCCCACAACAACUGAGAUUUUAGGUUGAUUUUUUUUUUUUUUUUUUUUACUGUAUGGAGCUAACUUUAGUCCAGUUUUUAUGUCUUUCCAAUUGCAUUUCCUGUCUUGGACGGCAUGGAUGCACUCUUUGAAUCAGGUUGACUUUUUCUCACCUCAUCCCCUCCUUCCUGUCUCUUCAGAAGAAGGAGGGUGGGGGAUUGGUGUGAUAUCCCCUGUCCCUCCUUGUAGACUAGGCUAGUCUUCCUUGGCAUCAUAGAAGUUACUUUUCUAAAUAUUUUUUUGCUCCCAUCCCUCCAUACCUUCUUCAUGAAAUCCUGCCAGAGCCUCAAGGAGGAGGUCUCCAUCCCCGGCCUUGGCGGAAUGUCACAGGAGGAGGGAAGAAGGGCUUCAGUGACUCAAUCUUAUUUUCACUCUGCUAACCCAGAGCUGGAACUUCAAGGAAAGGUUUUUAAAAGGGAAGGUGGAGGAAAGCCUUACUCUGUGUUGGUGGACAAUAAAAUGGCAGCGAAGGCAGCCAUCGGAGAUCAGAACAUUGGUCAGCUGCCCUCUCAACAUGUUACACAGCAGCAUCAGCAGUACUUCAGAGAGGGAGGAGCUGGACAGGAAGUUGGGACACAAGGGUCCCAAGCUGGCAAUGAGGGGUCCUCUGAUGAAACUGAGGAUGAAGAUGAGGAGGAGGAAGGGGAAGACUGCGAAGAGGGCUUCAAGCGUGAGCAGAUCAUUGUGGAGGUUAACCUGAACAACCAGACGCUUCAUGUAUCCAAGGGGGACAACAAAACCGGUGGAAUAGCAGAUGACUCAGAGAGAGCUGGAAGUGAUGAGGAGGAAGAAGAAGAGGAGGAGGAAGAAGAAGAAGAGGAUGAUGAGGACGAAGACAGCCUUGAUGAGGAAGAGGAUGAAGAUGAUGGGGAAGAAGAGAUCGAGAGUCAAAGAACGCGAUCAAAAAGAGCCCGUCGAGGUGCGAGCAGCACAUCAGCUCCCAGCCAGCCGCAGAGGAAAAGCCUCAGAACAGCUCUGAGUGCUGCUGCUGCUGGAAUGACCACCAGAGGACGGAGGAAGCGUAUGGAGCCUCCAAAGAGCAAGCGCAGGUCAGCCAGGUCGGCUCCCUCCUCUGCCGGUACCGCGACUUCAACUGGGAAAACGGAGGUAGAGGAGAAGGAGAUGCUGGCGUGUGAAAAGUGUCCAAGAGUGUUCAACACGCGCUGGUACCUGGAGAAGCACAUGAAUGUCACACACAGGCGGAUGCAGAUCUGUGACAAGUGUGGCAAGAAGUUCGUCUUGGAGAGCGAGCUGGCGCUGCAUCAGCAGACUGACUGUGAGAAGAACAUCCAGUGUGUCUCCUGCAACAAGUCCUUUAAAAAGCUGUGGUCACUACAUGAGCACAUUAAGAUUGUGCACGGCUAUGCAGAGAAAAAGUUCUCUUGUGAAAUCUGUGAGAAGAAGUUCUACACAAUGGCUCAUGUCCGUAAGCACAUGGUUGCUCAUACGAAGGACAUGCCAUUCACCUGCGAGACAUGUGGGAAGUCUUUUAAACGCAGCAUGUCUUUAAAAGUUCACUCACUCCAGCACUCUGGGGAGAAACCCUUCCGUUGUGAGAACUGCGAUGAACGGUUCCAGUACAAGUACCAGCUUCGCUCCCAUAUGAGCAUUCACAUCGGACACAAGCAGUUCAUGUGCCAAUGGUGUGGCAAAGACUUCAACAUGAAGCAGUAUUUCGAUGAGCACAUGAAGACACACACAGGAGAGAAGCCUUUCAUUUGUGAGAUCUGUGGGAAGAGCUUUACCAGCCGGCCCAACAUGAAGCGCCAUCGUCGCACUCACACAGGCGAGAAGCCGUAUCCCUGCGAGGUGUGCGGUCAGCGCUUCCGCUUCUCCAACAUGCUUAAAGCACACAAAGAGAAGUGUUUCCGGGUCACCAGCCCUGUCGUCCUGCAGACUAGUGGACCCCCUGUGCCUGUCCGCAUUUUUGCCAAUACCUUCUCAUCCUCCUCUUCCUCCACCUCUGGUCCUGGCCCCUCAGCCUCCACCCCGCCCACCACCUCAGCAUCUCUGGGCCUCAACCCAACAGGAGGAUCCAUUCCUCUGCAGAGCCCCGUUGGACAUACGUUUUCCCAUGUGCAGCUUCACUCGCCGCCAUCUCACCAUCAUUCCCACCCCCAGACAACUCAGCAGCACCUCCCAAACACACCUCAACAAGCCUCACCUCAUCCCCACCAUCACCUGGCUGUGCCCCCAGUCUCCCACCUUCCACCUCCACCGGCUCUUUUCAAGAGUGAGCCUCUAAACCACUGUGGGCAUGAGGAUAACAGCUACCUGCAUCACAUUGCCCCACAUGACAAAGGCCCCGGAGCCCCUCAGCACCACUGAACUAUGCUCCAGGUCUGCAGGCAGCACCAAGCUUCGCCUCGGUUCUCAUCUUUUCACAGUCCUGCCUCAGUUUGUGAAUUGCAAGGCCCCUAAAGUCAUGUCUACAGGGAAGGCAAUGCAUGAGCAGUGCGUUGGCAGAGCAGCAGCACCAGUAUUCCAGUUCGGGUCUACACAGGAGGCUUUUAAGCACAGAAGUGGGACGUGUUUUUUUUUUUUUUUUUAAAUAAAAGUUCUCAGAGCCCAGCACAUGAAUACUGUGCUUACAGUUGCAGCUGCAGCCUCAGUAAACUGUAGUAUUGAUUUAAAGUCAACAUCACAACAUCUGUUGUGAUGUUGACUUAUAUACACAGACUGUGUGUGUAGACAUGCCUUGUUCUUGUCAAGCAGAUAGCAGUUCAAGCUACAACAAACACAUCUGUUUAUGUGUGAAAGAUUGAGACUAAUGCACAGUUGGGCACGCUUUUAAAUUAGAUCCCCCACCCACCCACUUUAAACCCUGGUCAACUGACAGAUUUAACAUGUAUUCAACAUUUUCUCCUAAAGAAAAUGAUUUAGUAUGAGUUCUCUUUGUACAUUGAUGGGUGUAAACUAUCUCAUUUUCAUAAAGCUGCUGAUGGAAGUCAACAUAUAUGUAGUACCUGGACUAUGAAAUAUCAAAGAUAAAACUCAUUGAACUUUCCUCUUUUUUUGACUAGCUGACUUAAUGUUGCACAUUGGUCAGGACUUGAACUCCUGUGCAGGUCCUUCCCACAGCAAUACGCCACCUGUCCUACUAGCUGAACUCAAGACAUUUUGUAACUCACAAAAAUGUUUAAUGAAUGUUGUAACCGGUUCUACCUGAGCCUUUCUUUGUCUAUAGACAAGACUGAGGCUUUCUGUCAGGCAGGCAGCAGCAGUAGUGCAAGAUGUAGUGCCAUAGGUUACAGAGAGAAGUUGAGGGAAGGGGGUUUUUUUUGUAAAGGAAAAAUUUUUUUUGUAAAUGUUCAGUUGAAUCUAGACAAAGUCUGAGAUUUGUAUCAUGGUAAAAUGGUGCUUUUCAUUCCAGUACACACAAUAUCUUAAUUUUGCUCUUGCAUUUAAUUUUUCAGAUGUCAUACAAAACAUGUCUUUCUGGUUUUUAUUACAAAAGAAAUGCAGUUUGACCAGAUAUUCUGCAGUCAAGAUAACUAGUAAAAGCAGGAUAUGCCCAAGGCACGCACACACACACACCCUCACACUUAUUCAAGCACACACACACAAGUAAGAAGACCACACGGUUGCAGAUUUACAUACUGCGUGAUCUGUGCCACCUCAGCUUUCAGUACUGUUGGUCAACAGUUGCUUUUAGGUAAUGGAUGACUCAAAUACUGCCACUGUGAGGGGCCAGAAACGUGGCCCCGUCAGGAUUUACCCCACCUCCUUCGCUGCUGUUGAAAUGAUACGGGUUACCAUUGUUAAAGAUCAUUUAACACACACAGUAUAUACACAACUGGGACCUUUUCUCAUUCAAGCUCUUAACAGAAGUUAUGCAUAUAUUCCACAGUUUGGUGUGGGGUGUUGUAACGUAGAGGUUUGUUUUUGACUUUGUGUACUGACAUUGAUCCACACAAGCAAGCGCAUGUCUAAAACUGUUGAAUGUUGCCUAAGCAGAAUGAUGGCCCAUAAGCCAUUUGUAUGUUUUUUUUUUUGUUGUUGUUUUCUGAUAACCUGCGCAGUUUUAAGCUAAUGAAUGGCUCUUUCAUGUCGAUAUACUGUUGUUAGCACAUGAUAGGAAAUGUCAGGAUAAGAGGCAGUGGUCAUCCAACUUCUAAUAAUUGGAGUUAUUUUAUAGAUAGGGCAUCAAGUGGUCAAAUCUGCGCAAAAAUUAAAUUUAUUAAUAUAAAAGCCGAUGGUGUGAGUGGGGUUUUGUUUAAAAAAAAAAAAAAAAAAAGAGCGGAAGUGGCUGGCUAGUUUGUUUGUUCACAGUAAUGGUGUUUAGGGGGAUACAGAGUUGUAUGUGUGUGGGUGGGCAAAUGCAAAAGUGUGCAUGCAUUAUUCUUGACCAGUCUGGUUGUCCCCCAGUGCUAUUGUACCAAAAGCUGCUUUUUACAGUGUGCCCCAAUAACAUGUAUUUGGGGAAUGCCUGAGAUGAGAAACAGCAGUAGAUUAAUAUGACCUUCUUUCUGCCAUUUUGAUGGAAAUCAGUCUGAAGUGGUUCAAGCUCAGUAGUUUAGUCCCUUUUGGGGGGGGGAUUUGAGACCUGCGAUUAUCCUGCCAUUUCUGUAGGUCUUAAUACUGCUGCAAUAUUUGCUUUUCAUCCAGACCCCUCUGGGUUCACUGCUGUGAUUCAGCAUUUUGCAGUAUGGAUCUUUUUUUUUUUUUUUUUUUU